CAGGUUUGGCGCCUAUGAGGUUCCCAUUUUCUCUAAGCAACAUUUUCAAUUCAUUUUUUUACAUUCAGCCAAAAAAUAGAACAAGCAUGUUAACGUCUGACUUAAAUUUUGCCGAUUAUUUUUACUAUCUGCUGAAACUAGAAGCUGACAACUUACAUGUGGCAUCCUCUGAUUGGUCGGUUGGAUCUGUAUUAAACAAAGAAACAUCCGACAGUAUUUUGAAAAACAUUUCAAGAUUCAUUCUUGAUGGAGAUGAAACAGAGGUUUUGUUAAAGUUGAAAGAACUGAACAACCCUUCAAAUAUUUGCGGUCGUGUAUUUAGACCUGGUGAAGCAACGUAUACCUGCAGAUCUUGUGCAGUCGACCCAACCUGUGUGUUUUGUAGAGAAUGUUUUGUAAGAAGUGAACAUAAAAAUCACAAGUACAAGCUUCAUUCAUCAUCUGGAGGAGGAUGUUGCGAUUGUGGAGAUCCUGAGGCGUGGAAACAACAUCCUGCCUGUUCCCGACACAAUGUAGAUCAACAUCAUUCAUCGGACGAUGCAAGGACAAGACUUCCAACCAAACUUCAAGAGAAUGGAGAAUAUUUCUUCCACACCUUGCUUAAGUUUGUGGUUGAUAUGUUUACUGUUGAACACACUGAAGUAUUAGACCUCCCACCAAGCCUGCAAUCAAGUUCAAGCGUCGACAAGUUUGCCACCGUAGUAUUCAAUGAUGAGUCACAUACUUUCGAUUAUGUCAUCGGAGUGCUGAGUCAUGCCGUACAUUGCACCAGCAAUCGAGCGGCAGAUUUUGCGACAGUGAUCGACCGAGAGGGUAGAAGCACAGUUUUGUGUGGAAGCAAGACCCAGUGUCGUAAUGCAAAAGAAUUAGUUACUAACCCUCUCCAUAAUUCACUAGAUACGCUUAAAACUGAGGUGAUGCAUAUCUACAAUGUUGUGUACCAGGAGUUUGCACUGGAGAUAUUGGCUUGGUUAACUAAACUUGCUGAAAUAUCAGAGGGCCUUCGUUUGAUCCUAUGCCAUGUUUUACUGAAACCACAAGACAAUGGGGAUAGUUUCAUCACAAUGCUCAUGAUGAGUGACACAAAGCUGUGGAAAGUUGCAAGGAAUGCUUACCAUCAACUUGUAAUGUCAACUUGUUUAUUGUUCAACGACCAGAAGCGGAUCUUUGCCGUGGCUUACGUCAAAGCUUACCCAAAGUUAAUAUCUCAGUAUUUGUUGGACGACCAUGAACAUUCAGAAUCCAUCACGUCAAUAUCUGUCCAACUGUUCACUGUACCUACUUUGGUUCAUUACCUCAUGGUGGAACACAACCUCCUUAACGUAAUCACGGACACCAUGAUUAGCGUAUGUUGCGUAAGGACAUCGGAUCAUCGGGAGGAACACGAGAUCUCCCUCAAGUUUGAUCCAAGGAGGCUGCAGAAGAACUUAAGGAGGACGGGAUUUUGUUUCUAUGAUCUUAAGUACGCCCUUACUAAUGUACCAACACAAUGGACACAAGCCAUCAGUGAAAAGUUUCAACAAUUCUUUGCUAACUUUGCCCAUUAUCUUGCUUCAAUGGAGGGAAUGGACGCGGUUGUUCGUAAACGUGAUCGCCACCUUGAGCGUGAACAAGAGUGGGAGAGUGGUGUGACAAUGCAUAUGAGGUUCAUUCCUAUUAUGAGGCAACUCUAUAAAUGGUGUUGUGUUAAUAAAGCGACAACGAUGGAAUGUGUGAGAUGCGUUGUUGGCUUCAUGAAAAGUUUGUACCAGCGUGAAAAUCUGAUCAAACUCGUUCCUUACAAUGGUACCACGUAUCAAUGUGUUGAUUAUGACAUCACAGAGAAACCUGUGUCGGUCCAUUAUCCUCUAACGAGAUUAUUAGCGGGACUGUUCGUUAAAUGUGGAAGCUUGGGCAUUAAGUUUGAAGAAAUCGGAAUUUCUUUUGAUAUUUUAUCGCUUGCUGAGCCCUCUAUGCGAUGUCUGUCUUUGUGUGGUCAAGUGUUCGCUGGAGCGUGGAGACGAAACGGUUUAUCGCUCGCUAACCAAGUGUUCUAUUGCCGUGACUAUCGGUGCAGAACGGAGUCGUUCAACCGAGACAUCCAGUUAUUACAAGCGUGCGCCGCCAACAUGGACCCCGAUCAUUUUUUUGUCGCGAUUCUCGAUAAAAUGAAUUUAAUGGAUGACACGAGGUUUGAAGAGCAUUUGACUUCAUUCACCGAAGAAUUCAUUUCCAUCUUAAUAUUUGUGGUGGUUGAGAGGUACAUGGUGGGGGUGGGCGAGGUGACAUGGGAUGAAAUAUUGAAGAGGGAAGUUAUACAUACGUUGGGUGAUGGGGCAAAACCUCAUUCUAAGAUCCAUAAAUACCUGGGAGAAGAGGCGAUGGACAAUCCAGAUUGGGAGCGAAUAUUAUCGGAGGUUGCUGAUUAUAAACCGUCAACCAGUGUUAACUCAGUUGCCAGGUACGAACUAAAGACCGACCACCUGGAUCACAUCUCACCCUUCUUCUACCAUUAUAACUCUGGACAAGCCAACGCACAUAAUGAGGUCUUGAAAAGGAAAAAGGCAAAUAAUUUAAGCCUAGUAUUCGUCCCCCAACCUUCACCCACCUUCACAACCUUCUACACCAACGUGCCCAACCUCCUCACCUGUCAAUCACUCCUCCGUUAUUUAUCUUCCACCCUCCGUGUUUAUCUUCCCGAUGCUGAAACGAGAAUCCAAGCUACCGAUAAACUCAUCGAAAAAGUUUUGUUCCUGAUCCAAUUUGGGAUUGUUGAAGAAAUGGAGAAAGUAAAAAUAAAUGAAGAUGAUGCUUUCAAGUUUUGUGAAAAAGCAACGGAAGGGGAAUUAUUUUUAGUGUUGCACAGUUUAAAAUCCCAGGAUAGUGUUGCCAUUCAUAAAGAAACCAUUUGUUGGAUUUUAAAUGCUGUUGAAAAGGUAAAGAAUUUAAGAUCUGGCAACACUGGUGAAUACGAAGAUGGAAAAACUGAAGUACAACAAGCAUCUUCAUCAAAAACCGAGUUGGAAAGAUGGGUUCGGAAGAAAAAAGUUGAGGAUCGCCGUAAAGAGCUGAUGAUGCAGAUCAAGAAGAUGCAGGAGGACUUUCUGGAGAAGAAUCCUCAUCUUGAGGAGGAAGAGGAGAUGGAGGGGGAAGUUGUGGAGGAGAAGAAGACGAGAUUAUCCACGGACAUACCGGUUUGUACCUCGCUGUCAUGGCAACAAGCUUCCUUAAAAUCGACCAAUGAGAACGAGACGUGUAUUUUAUGUCAAGCCGAUAAUUACAAUGACCCUCUUGUGAUGUCAUGCAUGACACAAUCCGCAUUGCCAGCAAACAAUGGAUUCGAUUUCGUUUGUUCGUUGGAUGAAUUACAAGGAACAGGCAUCCAUGUGACAACAUGCAGCCACCAUAUGCAUCUUGGUUGUUGGAGACAAUAUUUUGAUUCAAUAAAAGAUCGAGAGGAAAGAAGAAGAACGAUCCGUAUGAGGAGAAUGAAUGGAAGUUACUCCACGCUCAAACAUGAGUUCCUGUGCCCUCUGUGCAGUCGACUCAGCAACUGCGUGAUCCCAUCGUUAUCCCACGAAUCAGCGAUGAAAUUACGCAAUAUUUCCGCUUUAACGAUAACAGUGCAAGAUUGGUUACGCUUGAUCGAAGAUUACGUUGAUCCUCCGAAAACCUCCCCACAAGAGUUUGUGGUUCGUUUUAAUGUUGACAUGGAAGCCACUGAGGAUGAACAGUGGCACGAUGCCGCGGAGUCGUUUGUAGACACCACAGAAGAGAUGGUGAUGUCACAAUCAUCCACCGUUGUCAUGGAGACCGAGGUCGAUACGACGGAGUCCGCACUCGAUACUUUUAUGACGUGUUUAUUAAAGAAUCUUAAAAACAUGGAGUCACCCGACGCUCGUGACGAGACACUACUUCUGUGGGUUGCCAUGGUUACCACUUUCCAGAGCGAGGAGUCAGUCAUGCGUUACCAGGGUCGUGGAGUCAUGACCCCACCCUCGAUCAGGGUCACACAGGCGCUGUCGAACCUCGUGCGUUGUUUCUUGUUCAAGAUGAAUCAAUCACAGGACACCUUACAAGCCACAAGGGAAAAACUUUUCAAAAUAUUUCUCGGAAAACAUGAACAAUCUAUUAUUUCUAUGAAUGUUUUCGCUUUCUUCAUUCUUUUAACUGUCUCGGCUGAUGGGGUGUGUGGUGCCAUCAAGUGCUCGUCCAUUACAAAUGAUAAAAAUAUAUUGCUUCUAUGUUGCGUGGCACAGCUCGUUCAGAUAAUGUUGAUGCUUGAUGAAGCGGAACUUCAAUCCGAGGUUGCCAACCACGACAACGAUAACUCGGACUUGCUUCAGCUGUUUAAUCAAAUUCGUUCCUAUGCUCUGCUGCCUCGUGUGGAGAGAAUAUCAUCCCGUAAACUUGAAACUUGUCUCGUUGAUUCAUUUCGACCAUUUCUUAGAUGUUGCACCUUAUUCAUGCGCCAUAUAACCAAUGUAACACCCAACCCCACACAUAAUGAUGACGUAUAUGAUAUGCUCACUUACCUUGGAUUGCCUUCAUCCAUAUUAUCGAUGUUUGAUGCUGGAGGAACGGCUAGUUUGGAUCCUUUGGUGGAAAGGUGGUGCAAGAACCCUCACUUAAUAUUAAGGGUUAGUAAACCCGCCCCCCCCAACCAAACCUUCCCUCAUUGUGUUCAAGUUCGAACUUUGAUUGACCUUGACCAUGACUACAGUGAUAUGAUUGAACGAGCCGUCAACUUUUCGUGCCCGAGGUUCAAAAGCAAAGAUGAUUCGGUCGCUCCCAUGAUGUGUUUGGCUUGUGGGACCAUACUAUGCUCCCAGAGUUAUUGCUGCCAACAAACCAUAGAUGGCAAUAAUGUAGGAGCUUGUACAUAUCACUGCACACAAUGUACCAGAGGUGCGGGGAAUAGCGGGAUAUUCUUGAAAGUACGAGAUUGUACGAUCAUUUUGUUGAGCGGAGAUCGCGGAUGCUUCAAGUCCGCUCCUUAUCUCGAUGAGUUUGGUGAAACUGACCAAGGGUUAAGGAGGGGAAACCCCAUCACAUUGGAUGCAACGAGAGUUGCCGAUUUGAAUCUGAUCUGGUUGAAUCACGCGGUCCCGGAGUCCAUUGUGCACGAGAUGGAAUCGAAUAGAAAUCUUAUAAACAUCGAUUGGAACCACCUUUAGUGGGGGGGUCGUAGGUAGUGAGGGGGUAACGGGGGCCCGUACGGGUAAUACCCCACCAUCUGUGGCAUGUAGUAUUGUCCAUGUGGGGGCGGGGGCAUGGGGUAAGUUAACAUGGGUGGCAUAACCUCCUGUGGUGGGGGGUAGUAAUCGUAUCUGCGUGCGGGGGAAAGUUCACAUUAAACAACAGUUGUUGACGUUAUUUAUCAUUUUGUGAACGGACUUUUUAAGGUCUGGUUUAAACACAGUAGGAUUAAUGGAUGCUAGUUAUAUAUUUACAUGUCUAUAUAUCGCAAUCAGUUCAAAAAAUAAUUUUUCAUUAAAGCGCAUUGAAAUGUGA